AUGGCAGCCAACACAUCAGUGCCGUACGCCAACUUCAUGGACUCGCCGGAGUACGCCGGUGAUAAAGUAUUGCAGGUCAAUAUUGCACUCAUCGUCUGCACUUCUUUUAUCGUGGGCUUGAGACUGUAUGUGCGUGCUUUCAUGGCAAAGGCGUUAGGUCUCGACGACCUUCUAGCCUUCUUGGCUUGGGGAAUUUUAGUUACCCUAUCAUCCUUGGACAUACGACUGGUUCAGUAUGGUAGCGGAGCGCACCUUGAAUACAUACCGAAGCCAAAGUUUACGAUAUGGUUCGAAGGUAUCGUCACGAACGGCUUGAUAUACCUCGUUGGCACAGGACUUAUGAGGCUUUCCAUCGUCGCUUUCCUCCCUCGCCUAAGCCAAGAUAAAACUUAUCUUCUUCUCACAUAUGUCACUGGAUUCUUCGUCGUAGCCCAGACGCUUGGAUGCUUCAUAUAUCGAUUGACUCAAUGCAACCCAAUAUGGCAUUUGUGGAAGCCACCCUUCUUCCCCGGAAAGAAUUGCGUACCGCCCGAACACCAGAACACUAUGAUGGUGGCACAUCAGAUCAUUGGCUUGAUCCUCGACUUCGCCCUGAUGGGAUUACCCAUCUGGGUAGUUUACACCAAGAUGCUCUGGUCAAAAAUGGCGUUUCAAGUGAUUUGCGUUUUCAGCGUUGGCAUUUUCGUCGUAGCCACAGGUUGCGUUCGGCUAGUCAUGAUGAAAAAGCGCCAGUUUCUCGGAGAUCCGACUUUCAACAUGUCGACUAUCGGUAUCUGGACUGACCUGGAGGGGCACGUUGGCCUCUGGGUCGCAUCCUUCCCCGCGUUACAACCUCUCAUCCGCAUCCUGUCAUACAAGCUGGGCAUUCGCAGUAACAUACAGAGUUAUGGAAAAGACGGGCGUUCCAACACCGGCGGCGGCCAUAUGCGAUCUAACACGGGAGCUUGGUCUAGCGUUCCUGCCAGCAAGGCAGGGUAUGUGCGCAAGGGCAGCGGGGUUGAUGCCGACAGCCACAGCGAGAGGGAUCUGGUGCCUCAUGUUGAUGAGACGAGGAGCGUAGAGAUGAACAACAUGAAUACCCGAGUGUCUGGGAUUCAGAAGUCAGUCAAUGUUGAGAUUCGAGUGGAUAGAAUGCCAAAUCAAGGGGGGCAGUCGACCGAUGAUCCUUUCAAAGCCUCGAAGAGCUGGCUCGCCUUUUGA